GCCUCCUGAACUCUACCUGCAUUCAAACAGGAAGUCAUCAAUUACCCCAAAAGAAUUACAUCGUAAACAGAUUUUCUGCAGCUACUGUUUUAUUUUUUUUGCUGACGUGACCUUCGACCCCACCUCCACCCCCACGAGCGCGACCAAAGACCAAUCAAAGCGCGGGAAGCGCGCGCUGUCCCGGAGCGAGGAGGGCAGCGGCAGAGUGGUCCUCCGGAGGAGAGGAGAGGAGAGAGGAGAGAGGAGAGGACGCGGAGGAACGUUCCACUUCAUGAAGGUUGAAGUGAAUAACUCGACCGGGCUGGAGGUCUCUGAGCGCCGAGGUGCGCGUGACUCUCAGAGGAAGCUCCGGCGCAAUGGCGCCUGUCGACGUCUCGAGCCACGGAAAAGUAACGGUCGAUGCUAAUUCAAAUCUUAGCUAGUGGGCAGUUAGCCUCGACAGGUGAGUCACGUGCCCCUGAACCCUGGUUUCUACUGGACUCUAGUUACUGGUUUCUACUGGACUCUACUAGUGGGUUAUAGGUGAGGAGCUACUGGUUUCUAUUGGACUCUAGUUACUGGUUUCUACUGGACUCUACUAGUGGGUUAUAGGUGAGGAGCUACUGGUUUCUACUGACUCGUUACUGGUUUCUACUGGACUCUAGUUACUGGUUUCUACUGGACUCUACUAGUGGGUUAUAGGUGAGGAGUUACUGGUUUCUAUUGGACUCUAGUUACUGGUUUCUACUGGACUCUACUAGUGGGUUAUAGGUGAGGAGCUACUGGUUUCUACUGACUCGUUACUGGUUUCUACUGGACUCUAGUUACUGGUUUCUACUGGUGUGUUUUAGUGGAGAGUUACUGGUUUCUACUGGACUCUACUGGUGUAUUAUAGUGGGGAGUUACUGGACUCUAGUUACUGGUUUCUACUGGACUCUACUGGUGUGUUAUAGGUGGGGAGUUACUGGUUUCUACUGGACUCUACUGGUGUAUUAUAGUCAGGAGUUACUGGUUUCUACUGGACUCUACUGGUGUAUUAUAGUCAGGAGUUACUGGUUUCUACUGGACUCUACUGGUGUAUUAUAGUCAGGAGUUACUGGUUUCUACUGGACUCUAGUUACUGGUUUCUACUGGACUCUACUGGUGUAUUAUAGUCAGGAGUUACUGGUUUCUACUGGACUCUACUGGUGUGUUAUAGGUGGGGAGUUACUGGUUUCUACUGGACUCUACUGGUGUAUUAUAGUCAGGAGUUACUGGUUUCUACUGGACUCUAGUUACUGGUUUCUACUGGACUCUCCUGGUGUAUUAUAGUGGGGAGUUACUGGUUUCUACUGGACUCUACUGGUGUGUUAUAGUGGGCAGUUUAUGGGUUUCCUCUGGCUUCGCUGUGAAUAAAUCAACAUGUACACUGCACGGAAAAGAAGAAAACCUGCACAGAAGGGAUUCCAGCUGGCCCCAGCGGCCGAAAGCACCAAGUCCAAUCCGUCCAAACGCCACCGGGACCGCCUGAACUCUGAGCUGGAGCGGCUGGCCGGCGCGCUGCCCUUCCCCCAGGACGUCAGCUCCAGCCUGGACAAGCUGUCCAUCCUCAGGCUCAGCGUCAGCUUCCUGCGCACCAAGAGCUUCUUCUCCGUGACGCUGAAGAACCAGCUGCUGCCCGGCGCCGUGGAGAGGAGCGGCGGUCCCGAGGCCGUCGUGGUACCGGAGGGGGAGCUGCUGCUGCAGGCCCUGAACGGCUUCGUCCUGGUGGUGACCGCUGAGGGAACCGUCUUCUUCUGCUCUCACAGCAUCCAGGACUACCUCGGCUUCCAUCAGGCUGACGUGAUGCACCACAGUGUGUUGGAGCUGAUCCACUCUGAAGACCAGCAGCAGUUCAGGAGCAACCUGCACUGGGCCCUCAGCCCCCCCGCCGGCCCCACAGAUCCCUCAACCGGUGAGUAGGACGCCAUCGCCCUGGCUCUUUCCCAAUCAGAGCUAUCAACCUUGUUCUUGAUGACAGAUGGCGGGGCGGCGUCGAGCUCUUCCUGCCCGGUGAGCUACAGCCCCGACCAGCUUCCCCCGGAGAACUCCUCCUUCCUGGAGAGAGGCUUCGUCUGCCGCUUCCGCUGCUUGUUGGACAACUCCUCCGGCUUCCUGGCGCUGAACAUCCAGGGCCGUCUCAAGUUCCUCCACGGUCAGAACCGCCAGCGGAGCGCCGGCAAGGGGAGCGCCCCGCCUCAGCUCGCCCUGUUCGCCAUCGCCACGCCCCUCCAGUCUCCGGCCAUCCUGGAGAUCAGGACCAGGAACAUGAUCUUCAGGACCAAGCACAAGCUGGACUUCACGCCCAUGUCCUGCGACGCAAAGGGUAAAAUAGUUCUGGGCUACACGGAGGCGGAGCUGAGGGUCCGAGGCUCGGGGUACCAGUUCAUUCACGCCGCCGACAUGCUGUACUGCGCCGAAAACCACGUCCGCAUGUCUCAGAGGAAGAGCUCAGGGACGCUCAGAGGCUUUCCUUCAGCCAGGACGUGUGAUACGUGUUGCUGGGCCCAACAUGACAUGUGUAACACACAACCGCUGCGGCGAUGGAGAGUCAAGCGUCCUACUUACCUCGUGUACCGGAUGACCCGCAUCAGAGGUUAUGGAGAGCCAGACGUCUCCGCGUGACGGAAGCAGGACACGGCGGUGACUGGAGUCACUUUCUGUGAAGCUGCUGCUGCUCAUGCGCCAAAUGAUUGGAGUCCUUGAGUCCACAGCUGGAGGCCAGACCUGCACACGCUUUGUAUGCAAAACAAAGGACACGCUUCAGCAUCUUUAUCUUCUCCUCACAUGGAGGUCGCCACGCUUAGACUUGACAUGAGGAAUUACCCAGAAUACAUUUAGUGAGUGACCUGAUUCCAGGAGCUCCCAGAACCACGAGAGGAAGAGCAAUGUUGUCGUUCCUCUUCAAGGUCGGCAUGACGGAAACCCUGAGAUCCCAAAACACAUUCCUGUAUGUGUACUCAGGAUGGGUCUAUUAAUAAUAAUGACUGAUCGGAAUGAAAUAUCCAUCAACUCUAUGAAUAAUACACAACUCAUGAUAACACGUGGAGAUGAGGCGGUAAUGGUGUGUGUGUGUGUGUGGUCCUGCUUUAAGUGUGUGCAAACAAGAGGAACUUGUGCAUGUAGCCUAAGUGAACAUCAGCGUGUAUCCUCGGCGGCGGCAUCACGCCCGGCUGAGCAAAUGCGUUGUGAGUGUGCUCUCGGCGGGGUGUGAGUGUGUGAGUGUGUGCGUGCUCUCGGCGGGGUGUGAGUGUGUGAGUGUGAGUGUGUGCGUGUGUGAGUGUGUGUGCGUGUGUGAGUGUGUGCGUGUGUGAGUGUGUGAGUGUGCGUG